GGUCUGGCCAGCAGAGGGCAAUCAUGGGUCCAGAUAGCUGCAAACGCUCAGGUGAGCUUACCAGGAUGCCAGAAGCACCCCUCACAUUACCAGUCCUAAUCCGGACAAUACGGAAUGCACGGACCCAGGCAGAGGAGCGUGAGCUUGUCCAACGAGAAAGCGCCAAGAUUCGGGGGGCCUUUCGGGGAGAUGAGCCUGACACCCGUGCCUCCAAUUUAGCCAAGUUGCUGUACAUCCACAUAUUGGGAUACCCUGCCCAUUUUGGACAGAUGGAAUGCCUGAAGUUAAUUGCCUCCCACCGAUUCCACGAAAAGAGGAUUGGCUACCUUGGCGCUGCCCUCCUGUUGGAUGAGAAGCAGGACACUCACCUUCUCCUGACCAAUAGCAUCAAGAAUGACCUCCUGCACUCUAGCGCCUGGGUGCAGGGCUUAGCUCUGAGUACCUUGGGCUCUUUGGGCUCUGUGGCGAUGCUGCGGGAUUUGGCCGGGGAGGUGAUACAGCUAGCCAGGGCUGGGCAGCCCUCCGUGCGAAGGAAGGCUGUGGUCUGCGCUGUACACGUAAUCCGGAAGGUGCCAGAUCUUAUCGAUCUGUUCACUCAAAUCGGAGAACAGCUGUUGACCGAACGAAGUCAUGGCAUUCUGCACGGGGCCGUCAUGUUGAUCGCAGAGAUGUGUCAGCAAAGCCUGCAAGCUCUGGAACACUUCUGCAAGUUUGUGCCCCAGUUGGUCAUGACACUGCGUAACCUGGUUGUGGCUGGGUACUCUCCGGAUAACAGUAUCUCAGGAAUCAGCGACCCUUUCCUGCAGGUACAGAUCCUGCGGCUGCUAAGGAUUCUGGGGCAAGACAAUAGGGAUGCCAGCGACGCCAUGAAUGACUCCUUGGCUCAGGUGGACACAAUAGGUGGCACCAACACGGAGACGACACGGAACGUGGGCAAUGCCAUCUUGUACGAGACAGUUCUGCCCAUCAUGGGCGUGCGUUCGACCAGCGGUCUGAGGGUUCUCGCUAUUAAUAUCCUUGGCCGAUUCCUCCUUAACAAGGAUCGGAAUAUCAGAUAUGUCGCUCUAACAUCUCUACAGAAAUUGUUGCAAGUAGAGAACAGCGCUGUUCAGAGACACCGGGGCACAGUCCUUGAAUGUCUGGCCGACCCGGAUCCAACUGUGAAGAGGCGAGCCCUACAGCUUAGCCUCGCCCUGGUGAACAGCAGCAAUGUGAGGACGACCAUUAAGGAACUACUGCUUUUCCUUGAGACCUGUGCCCUGGACCUGAAGGCGGACUGUGCUUCCGGAAUAUUCCUGGCCGCUGAGAAGUUUGCACCCAGCAAGCGUUGGCACAUAGACACCAUCCUCCAGGUUCUGACCAUGGCUGGCUCCUACGUACGUGACGACGCAGUGCCCAAUCUCAUCCACCUGAUUGGAGGUGCAAAGGAGCUUCAUGGCUAUGCAGUUCAGCAGUUGUACAAAGCCCUGACCCAAGAUAUCUCUCAGCAACCCUUGGUUCAAGUGGCGACCUGGUGCAUCGGUGAAUACGGCAACCUCUUAGUGGACAGCAGCUGUGAAGAGGUGGAGGCCAUCCAGGUGGACCCAGAGGAGAUGCUGUCCCUGUUGGAAAGGGUGCUGCAGUCGCACUUCUCCCUGCCGAGCACCAGGGGCUAUGCCCUCACUGCCCUCAUGAAACUUGGGACCCGUCUCCGGGGCAAUGACAUCAACGGCAUCCGGAGAUUGGUUUCCAUUUACUGUAGCUGCCACGAUGUUGAACUUCAGCAGCGGGCUGUGGAAUACAAUGCCCUCUUCCGGAAGUACGACCACCUCAGAGCAUCUGUACUGGAGAAGAUGCCCGUAGUGGACAAAACUGGUUACAGUGAGGAAGGAAGCGAACAAGAACAGAGUGAAAGAGAGGAUGUUGCACCUCGCAUCCUGGAGGUGGCGCCAGCAUCCAGCAACCCCAAGCAACAGGAAUCUAGCCAGGUCUCUGACCUCUUGGAUCUCCUUGGGAGCCCCGCAGAUUCCUCUGCAGCCCAGCCCAGCACGGUCACUCCGGUAGCGGAAUCUUUCCUUGAUUUGCUUGGGGCUCUAAAACCCCCAGCUGCCGGCUCCUCCCGCAUGGCUGUAUAUGAGCGAGAUGGACUGCUGGUUGAAUUCUUGAUGGAUCGCCCACCUCUGGAACCCACAUUGCUGCUGAUCACCGCCACGGUCUCCAACAGAACCCCCAAUGACAUUGCCGGGUUUUCUCUACAAGUGGCUGUCCCCAAGUCCUUCCAGGUGGAGUUGUUGGCCCCUAGCAGUUCUACAGUCCUGGGCCAGGGUGGCCCCCCAGUCACUCAGCUCAUCCGAGUGUUGAACCCAAAGAAGCUCCCACUACGCAUGCGGUUACGGCUUGCCUACACUCUACCCUCUGGGGCGCUGGUACAACAGAUUGAGGAAAUCAGCUCAUUCCCAGAGGCUGCCUGGAAAUGAACAGCAAGCAGCCCCCCUUACCUCUCCCCACUCUCAGUUCCCCCUAAACAGACUCCACAAGAAGAAAAAACUCUUGCAAUUACAGCAUCUUACCACAAGCUGGCAUCUUUGUUUUAUCUGGGCACCCCAAGUAAUAACACACCUAAUCACUGAAUCAGAGGAGAAGGGGGGCGCAGGAAGGGGCCACAAGAAAGAUCCCUGAAAGAGCAAGAACAAGAAAUGGGGGGAUAGAGUGAGAGAGAAGGGAAUCCCCAUCUCAGACAGCCCUGAUUUCUCCCUCCUCACUCUCAGCUGCUGGCAAAUCAAUUCAAUUGAUCAGCUAGAUGGGGAAAUUCCACAACAACUGAGUGAGACUAAAUGGAAAUCAAUGGAGAUAAAGAGUGGGGUGGGGUGAGGAGGAGGGGGAGGCAAGAACCCUCUUAAUAAAAACAAACAUAGUACCACCAGUCCCUCUUCAUUACCCAAGUCAGUUUUUCUAUCCCAGUUGGAUUACAUUAUAGGCACCAGGACCCCCCACCUUCCUUCUCCUUCAGCUGCAGGCCUUGGGGCUAGAAGGGCCACUGUGGAUCACACCACAGUAGCAGUGUGAGAACCACUCCCUGGAGGCAGAGUGAGGGGUCUGUGUCCUUCCGCAUCCUGUCAGGCAGUAUUGCAACCUGCUGGGGCAAUGAGUUCCACAGAUCCAUAGUAUAUUACAUCAACCUUCCCAAGCUGGUGCCCUCCUGACGAUUGGGACUACAACUCCCAGCAGCCCCAGUCAGAGUUGUAGCCUAAGGAUACUAGGAAGGCAAAGGCCAUACUAAGAUGCAAGCCCGUUGGGUGUGAUGGUUUUGCUCCAAAGGCUGCCCUCCAUGCAGAAUGUGAGAUUCCCUUCUUUCCCCACCCACCUGCCUCUCAAAUGUUGUCCCUUUCACUCUCGUUGGAUGCCUUUGAGGUCUGCGUGUGAAUAAACGCCUUUUCCAA